GUGUUUUGAUGGCAGUCUAUAUUGGAUUCGAGUUUCCUUUCAGGCGUUCAAUGAGCUAAGACCAAACCCUCAUAGGAAAGCGCAAGCCUCCUUGCUAGCUUUCCUUGCGGGUCCGCUGUGCGAGACAUAGUUUGGCUGCUCGUUUGCACUGGGUUGCGCCGCAGAACUUUGGGAUCACACCGGCCUCUCGCAUCUGCGAAUCCUUCCCACUCUGCCAUGGCUUUGCAUCAUACGAAGAAGCAGAUGGCAGAUGUCAUGUUUGGCAAGUUACCGCAGUCACUUCUCCAGCCGAAAGCACUAUGCCAAUGCCCUUCCCUUUCCACCCAGCCCUGGGCAAAUCAUAUCUUGCCAGGUCGCAAGUGGAUGGCAACUCUGGCCAAGGCACAUGUUGGGCAGAGUUUUGGGACUCGCUGUGUCAACAGAAGCUUUGGCCAAUCGCCGUCGCCGCCUUUCGCUGAAGUCUUGAAAUACUGUCGCGAGUACAAGAACAAGUACCAAGAAGGCCAGCGCUUUGAUGACAUCAGUGAGGGCCUCCAAGCCGAGACCGACUAUAAGAAGCCAGUGAUGGUCAUUUUUUUGGGAGCAACCAGUGCGGGCAAGUCGACUCUCAUCAACACUCUCAUUGGUGAGACUCGUUGCCCUGUAGGUAUCAAGCCCACAACCCAAAAGCUUCAGGAGAUUCUAUGGGGCAGCAUUUUGCUCGUUGACUCUCCGGGUCUUGAUGCUAUGAAGCAAGACGAGCAAAAGAAAGCCAUGGAUGCAGCACACCGUGCAGAUCUUGCAGUGGUGAUGACCAGUGCUAAUCAGCCUUUGAGAGACAGUGAAAAGGAUGUUAUCCAGGAGCUGUCUUCCAAGAACACACGCGUCUUGGUUGUGGUGAACUAUUGGAACUUUCUAGUGGGUGAAGAGAAGCGACAGGAGUGCAUCGAAUAUGUGGAAAGCACACUCAAAGAAUUGCUUCCCAAUGCUGCCGCCUUGCCGGACAUCAUCUGCAUCGAUGCAGAGAAGUCAGAGGAUGAAGUUGUAGAGAAGCUCAGGUCUAAAUUGAAAGAUCUUGUGAAGAUGAAGACCGACUCGGCCAUCAAGGAUGCUGUGAAUAAGAUGAUUGCACUCCUGCAAGAGAUCCAAAAAAUGCUUGAAGAGGUGUACACAGGAGACGUGAAGACGUUGCAGGAGGACAUUCAGAAACUGUUGAAGGCCAAGAAGAAAAUCUCAGAUGACAUCAUAUCACUCGAGGUCCUUUCCGCCGCGAUUGCUUAUGGUGCUGCAGCCUUUGGUGGAAUUCCUGGUGCAGCCGCAGCAAGCGCACUAUGGCCACUAUGGGGCAAUCGUGAAAGAGAGCAACAGCUUAAAGAGAAGCAAGAGGAACUCCAGAAAGUUUACCAGCGUCUUCAGAAUCAUCAGGAUGAUGUGGAACGCACGACAAAAAAGUUUGAGCAACGCGACCGAGAAGUCGCACAAGACAUCCUAAAUCUGAGGGACAUUUUGCCACGAGUCUCAUAGAUCGACCCUGCAGUGGCAGGUCGGAAGAUGGAAUGACACAGAGGAGUACAGGAUUUUGUCGCAGCUGAAAAGAGAUG